AUGUUUGCUGUAGAUCUUCUGCACAAUGGCGCUACAAUGACAAAAAUAGUCGACCAAUUGACUGAGCAACAACGUGCCGAAUAUAAAGAGGCAUUUACACUAUUUGAUAAAGAUAAAGAUGGAGUUAUUACAAUUCAUGAACUUAAGAGUGUUAUGAAGUCUCUUGGUCAAAAUCCCACCGAAGCCGAGUUACAAGAGAUGAUGAACGAAGUUGAUAUCGAUAAGAAUGGUACAAUUGACUUUAAUGAAUUCCUAAAUAACAACGGGUUCAUUUCUAAAGCUGAAUUGAGAGACUUAAUGAACAGCCUUGGAGAACAGCUUACGGCAGGGGAAAUUGAUGAAAUGUUCCGUGAAGCCGAUGUUGAUGGUGACGGACAAAUCAAUUAUGAAGAAUUUGUCAAGAUAAUGGAUACUAAAUAA